AUGGGCUGCAGGGGGCAGCACAAGUCCAAUUUAAACCGACGAAGAAGAAAACAUCAACAGGAAGCAGGAGGGACAGCUGCUGUUGCUAAAGGUUUCCAGCAUGGCGGGCAGACGAGCUCUGAAGGCCGUGCUUAUUGACCUGAGUGGAACGUUACAUAUAGAGGACACAGCGGUACCCGGGGCGCAGGACGCCCUGAACAGGUUACGACAGGCGUCUGUAGCUGUGAAAUUUGUGACCAACACAACCAAGGAGAGCAAGAGGAACUUACUGGAACGACUGCAACGUCUCAACUUCGAUCUCCAGGAAAAGGAGAUCUUCACGUCUCUGAGUGCAGCGAGGAGUCUGUUAGAGCAGAAACAGCACAGACCACUGCUGCUGGUGGAGGACAGUGCACUGGAAGACUUCACUGGUAUUAACACGUCAGAACCAAAUGCUGUCGUCGUUGGACUCGCUCCUGAUCACUUCAACUACCAAACACUCAACAAAGCUUUCAGAAUGAUUCUGGAUGGAGCGCCUCUCAUUGCCAUCCAUAAGGCUCGGUACUACAAACGUAAGGAUGGUUUGGCCCUUGGUCCUGGACCCUUUGUGACGGGACUAGAGUACGCCACAGACUGUAAAGCCACUGUGGUGGGAAAGCCAGAAAAGACUUUCUUCAAACAGGCUCUAUCUGAUUUAGGCUGUAGCCCCAGUGAAGCUGUCAUGAUAGGAGAUGAUGCAAGAGAUGAUGUGGGUGGGGCUCAGAACGCAGGGAUGUUGGGUAUUCUAGUCAGAACUGGUAAAUACAGAGAAGGAGAUGAGAGUAAAAUCAACCCUCCUCCCCACCUGACUUGUGACAGUUUUCCAGACGCUGUUGAACACAUCCUGACAAACCUGCUAUAAGCCACAUGUAACAAUAGAAUUCUACAGUUUCAUUUUAGUAUACAGGCUUUGAUUUGCACAAGAAACACUGCAGCCACCGGUUAUCACUGUUGUAGACUAUUGGUGUUUUUACAGUGGACAUAAGGGAGUAAAAAGUUUCCCCUCACACCCUUGUCAUGAUAGUAAAGUAAAAAUACCCAUCUUGUAGUUCUUAAGUUUGACUAACUGUCCCAAUAUUCUCUAUGUCAAAAAUGUCCAUUUGAGUGUUAGACUGUCUCUUCUCUUUAGGUCUAAAAUGUUGAAAAGUAAAAGUAAAGCAUGCAUUUUAGAAGUGCCAACCAUCCGUUGCCAAAAUAACAUGUGCCACAAUGUUUUGCCAUUAUAUCAUGAUGUAUAAAUUUAAGUUUGAAUUAAAAUAUUAAGCUGG